CACCACAGCCCCAGGACUGCCUCACUCCACCCAGGACCAUGAGUGAGGCCCGCAGGGAUAGCACGAGCAGUCUGCAGCGCAAGAAGCCUCCCUGGCUGAAGCUGGACAUCCCAGCUGCGGCACCCCUGCCCCUGGCGGCAGAGGAGCCCGGCUUCCUGCAGGUAGGCCCAGGCCACCAGGGGCUGCGGGUGCACCCUGGCCAGCCCCCUCACUGUGGCCCCGUUGCUCAGCCCCUGAGGCGCCAGGCUUUCUUGCGGAGUGUGAGUAUGCCAGCAGAGACGGCCCAUGUCCCUUCGCCAUACCCUGAGCCCCGGCGGCCGGUGCUGCAGCGCCAGACGUCCAUCACCCAGACCAUCCGCAGGGGGACAGCUGACUGGUUUGGAGUAAGCAAGGACAGUGACAGCACCCAGAAAUGGCAGCGUAAGAGCAUCCGCCACUGCAGCCAGCGCUACGGGAAGCUGAAGCCCCAGGUCAUCCGGGAGCUGGACCUGCCCAGCCAGGACAAUGUGUCACUGACCAGCACCGAGACGCCACCCCCACUGUACGUGGGGCCAUGCCAGCUGGGCAUGCAGAAGAUCAUAGACCCCCUGGCCCGCGGCCGUGCCUUCCGUGUGGCAGAUGACACUGCUGAUGGCCUGAGCGCCCCGCACACUCCAGUCACACCAGGCGCUGCCUCCCUCUGCUCCUUCUCCAGCUCCCGCUCAGGCUUCAGCCGGCUUCCGAGGCGGCGCAAGCGCGAGUCGGUGGCCAAGAUGAGCUUCCGGGCAGCUGCAGCACUGGUGAAGGGUCGCUCGGUAAGGGACGGCACAUUGCGCCGGGCACAGCGCAGAAGCUUCACCCCUGCCAGCUUCCUGGAGGAGGACACGGCUGACUUCCCUGAUGAGCUGGACACGUCCUUCUUUGCCCGGGAAGGUGUCCACUAUGAGGAGCUGUCCACGUACCCAGACGAGGUGUUCGAGUCCCCGUCGGAGGCAGCGCUUGCGGACUGGGAGAAAUCCCUGGAGCAGGCGGACCUCACUGGCGGCGCCCUAGACCGCAGCGAGCUUGAGCGCAGCCGGCUGAUGCUGCCCCUGGAGCGUGGCUGGCGGAAGCAGAAGGAAGGCGGCCCCGCGGCCCAGCAGCCCAAGGUGCGGCUGCGGCAGGAGGUGGUGAGCGCGGCGGGGCCCCGGCGUGGCCAGCGCAUCGCAGUGCCCGUGCGCAAGCUCUUUGCCCGGGAGAAGCGGCCGUAUGGGCUGGGCAUGGUGGGCCGGCUCACCAACCGCACCUACCGCAAGCGCAUCGACAGUUACGUCAAGCGCCAGAUCGAGGACAUGGACGACCACAGGCCCUUCUUCACCUACUGGCUCACCUUCGUGCACUCGCUCGUCACCGUCCUGGCCGUGUGCAUCUACGGCAUUGCGCCCGUGGGCUUCUCGCAGCACGAGACGGUGGACUCGGUGCUGCGGAACCGCGGGGUCUACGAGAACGUCAAGUACGUGCAGCAGGAGAACUUCUGGAUCGGGCCCAGCUCGGAGGCCCUCAUCCACCUGGGCGCCAAGUUCUCGCCCUGCAUGCGCCAGGACCCGCAGGUGCACAGCUUCAUCGGCGCGGCGCGCGAGCGGGAAAAGCACUCAGCCUGCUGCGUGCGCAACGACCGCUCCGGCUGUGUGCAGACCUCGGAGGAAGAGUGCUCGUCCACACUGGCAGUGUGGGUGAAGUGGCCUGUCCAUCCCAGUGCCCCAGACCUUGCCGGCCACAAAAGAAAGUUUGGCUCUGUCUGUCACCAGGACCCCAGGUCAGUCCUGCUGGCCGGUCUUACCUGCCUUCGUCCAUGUCUUCCUGGGGGGUGUGAUGGACAGGGGCUGCUGCUCUCCUUGCUGAGUGGGGUGGGAGGGUGCCCAUGCCUGGGGCUCAAAGCAGGGUCUCACCACAUACUGGGCUCAUGCAGGGUGUGUGAUGAGCCCUCCUCCGAAGACCCCCAUGAGUGGCCAGAAGACAUCACCAAGUGGCCGAUAUGCACCAAAAACAGCGCUGGGAACCACACCAACCACCCCCACAUGGACUGUGUUAUAACAGGCCGGCCCUGCUGCAUUGGCACCAAGGGCAGGUGUGAGAUCACAUCUCGGGAGUACUGUGACUUCAUGAGGGGCUACUUCCAUGAGGAGGCAACACUGUGCUCUCAGGUGCACUGUAUGGAUGACGUGUGUGGGCUCCUGCCUUUCCUCAACCCUGAGGUGCCUGACCAGUUCUACCGCCUGUGGCUGUCCCUCUUUCUGCACGCCGGGCAAGUGACAGUGUGGGCUGGGUGGGCGGUCUCAGGGACCCCAGGAAUGACUGACUGCAGGCAGGAGAGGCUGCCUUACUUGCUGAGUGCCCCCACCCCUUACAGGAUCCUGCACUGCCUGGUGUCCGUCUGCUUCCAGAUGACCGUCCUGCGGGACCUGGAGAAGCUGGCAGGCUGGCACCGCAUAGCCAUCAUCUACCUACUGAGUGGUGUCACUGGCAACCUGGCCAGUGCUAUCUUCCUGCCAUACCGGGCAGAGGUGGGCCCGGCCGGCUCACAGUUUGGCAUCCUGGCCUGCCUCUUUGUGGAGCUCUUCCAGAGCUGGCAGAUCCUGGCGCGGCCCUGGCGCGCCUUCUUCAAGCUGUUGGCUGUGGUGCUCUUUCUCUUCACCUUCGGGCUGCUGCCCUGGAUCGACAACUUUGCCCACAUCUCCGGCUUCAUCAGUGGCCUCUUCCUGUCCUUUGUCUUCCUGCCCUACAUCAGCUUUGGCAAGUUCGACCUGUACCGCAAGCGCUGCCAGAUCAUCGUCUUUCAGGUGGUCUUCCUGGGCCUUCUGGCUGGACUGGUGAUCCUCUUCUACUUUUACCCUGUCCGCUGCGAGUGGUGUGAGUUCCUCACCUGCAUCCCCUUCACCGACAAGUUCUGCGAGAAGUAUGAGCUGGACGCUCAGCUCCACUGAGUGGCUACAGGUGCCGGUGGCCAUGUGCUCCAGCCACCAGAGUGAGGCAGAUUUGACCACCCUUAGCCUCAUGAGCCUGCGGGACUCUGCCUGCUCCACGCAGGGACUCACCUGUUUCCUGAACACAGACCUCCUGUGCCUUGUUCACUUCUGUUGAACCCCUUGUAUUGCCGGGCAUUUAUUACACUAGUUCCUGUGAUAACCUCCUAACUAGUCUCUUGACGACCACCUCGUGUGGCCAAUAAAUGGACUGGGAGCGUUUUAGCUGCCACUAACUUGAGCA